CAUAUUACUGACUCUAGAUGUCAUGAUUCCUGAAUCAGUUGUGGAAUCUGAGUUUUUUUGACUACAGCGAAUCAAACCAGAACUGAUACUGAAAACGAGCAAGUGGCUACUAAAGAGUGUGAGGAUGAAGAGGAGGAGAGAUCGAGCAGGACACGCAGAGGAAGAUCCUCCAGAGCAUCUGAAACACACUCUGCUUCACAGCCCAAGAAGGCGGAGCCAGCUGUGGAGGAGGAGCCAAAAGAGCAGAACCGCAGGAGUCUCCGCUCUACAGCUCAGCCCAGAGACACUCCUGCAGUGAAACCUGGACUGAAACGGAAGAGAUCAGAUGAUCUUCCUGCUUCUGCUCCAGUAAGUCAGUGAAUGAAUGAUGAACCAGAUCAAUCUGCCAAACAGAGAAAAGAUGAAGAUCAGGACACCAUCAAAGCGAGUGAUGAAGAGGAGGAGAGGAAGGAGGAGGAAGAUGUGACACAGAGACCGACCCGUCGCGGACGACCCUCCAAAACAUCUUCUGCCACAGAUGACUCGGACACAGGAGUGUCGGAGAAAAGAGAGGAUGAUGAAGAGGAGAGCAGAGGCAGAGCGACGACUCGUGCUGCGUCUCGUCUGGAGGCAGAGAGGAAUAAACCCAGCAAACCGUCCACUCGAGCGCUCCGUAAACUCAGCGGGAAAGAGGAAAACUCCCCGAACACACGGUCGGCGAGGGGACACAAGCGUGACUCCAGUCCUGCUCUUCCUCGCACACGUGGGGCACAGAAAUCUGACGAGCCGCCUUCAAAAAGAGGCAAACGAUGAGGAGUCUAACGAUGAAGAGUCUGCCUGAUCUCCUGGAGUUCACUGGGAAAUCAAUCUGAAUCAGAGCUGAGAAUCAACAUGAUGGAGAUCUGCAGACAGAUGAAGAAUAGCUGCUGUGUGUGUGUGUGUGUGUGUGUGUGUGUGUGUGUGUGUGUGUGUGUGUGUGUGUGUGUGUGUCAGAGAUGCUCAUUCUGUGAAUGUCAGUAUUUUUAUUUUAUAUUUUACCUUUUUAUUAUAAACCCCAAUAUUGCUCUGA